UAUAAAAUUAUUAGUUCAGAUCAUGAAUACUCGAAAGCGAGGAUAUACAACGUGGGCCAAUCUUCGCCUUAAGUCUAAAAACCUUCAGUUGAACAAUGUAUUUUUUGAGCUGUACAAGGGAACGAACAUGAAAACGUUCGUAGAAUCACUGAUUGGAAAAGAGGUCAAGAAGUUAAAAGGCUGGGAAAAUCUCUCCAGUGCACAGCAAGUAACAAGAGUUGAGUGGAUAGUGGACGAACUGAAAGAGGCGGGAGUUCUCAAGAACUCGUUCUACUGCGAGUACCCAGCUCUGGGGCGUGGCUCGUAUGAUGAGGCUGAGUGGUUUCUGUGGUGCAUGGUCAAAGCUGACAUUUACAGAGUGUUUGAGAACACACUAUCUUAUUUCGAGGACAACACGCUACUUCUCAACAGCCCAUAUUCCUACUACUUCAAAGAGGAGGAUACCGACCCUGUCCCUAAAGGGAGAAGUCUCUUCGCUAAGUCAGAAGAGGAAAUUGACGAAGAAAGAAGAAACAAACAAGAUGAGAGGAGUGCUUGGAAAGCGAAACUGCGGCCCACCUCCAGCUGUAUCGACAUGGUUGUCAAAUACUUAUCACGCAUAAGUGAGGGUAAAGGAGUGAUGGAUUAUUUCCAGACACUAGGGGAUCUGAAAGACGCGAGAGUUUUGUUAACGUUUGUUAACAGCCUGUACGAGGACGUGUUUACCCCUGACAUCAUGCUGAAUGAUAAGUGGAGUGUGAACUUGGCGCUGGAGGCAAUAUCUAAUAUACUCAGGAUAAAGUCUGACUUUGAUAGCGAGGACCUGGUGGCGGCAGACAAUCAGGCAAUGUGCGCAUACCUUGCCUGUAUUUUCAACAAAGCUCUCGAUUUUAAACAGACUGAACGGGUUGUGAAACGUCUCCGGACAAUCAAAGAGAAGCUGGCCGUUUACAACAAAGAGCUGGAUGAAAUGAGCAAGAUCAGCAUGAGCGCUAACGAGUCUCGUCAGAAAAAAGAACUACUUCUCAAAGUUGAAGUACUCAAAAAAGAAUAUGAACGUCUUGGAACUACAUAUGAUAUAACUAAAUUACAAAUAUGGAUGAAAGAUGCUGAAGCUGAACGACUAAGGGUGCACGCUGUCGUCGCAUAUCGACUGAGGCAGAGAUUUAUCAGUGAACCAGUGAAGAGACCUAUCGUCAUAUCAAAUCUGAUCGACUUGCAGUACAUCAAUCUGAGUUUAACGAACUCAGCCGCUUUUUACACCUCAAAAAACAAGGAGACAGUCAGUCCCACAAGACGAAUUGUGCUCUAUGACAAAAAGCAAGAUCUCUUUAUUGAGGACUUCAGUGGUUUUAGAGACCCCAAGCUGCCUAAAGUUAGAGAACUGCUGAUGAUAGCUGAGAACGAGAUGUCGGAUAUAUUCGCCGAUGACUACGAGGAGGAGUUUGUGGUGUAUUUUGAGUCCCACACCCGAAACAGGACGUUGAAACCUGGACAAGAGUUCCUCUAUCAGCUCUUUCCUGGAUCACAGGUGUUUUUACAAAAAGUCUACCAUAAAAGAGUAAAAGCUGGAGACCUUCUCACCGUCAAAAAGCUGAUAAAGUUUUACGAUCACGCACCCGAGUUUAUAGAUUCUAAAGACAUUUGGACUGGGAACACUGGGCUACAUCUGGCAGUGAAGUAUUCCCACUUCAAUAUUGUACUCUACCUUCUGGAGCAAGGCGCCAAGGUGGAGCUACCGAACCAGAAAGGGAAAACCCCCUUCUUUAUCGCUGCGGAGCGGUUUGAUCGUCUGAUCUGUAAACUUCUAAUCGAGUGGGGGGCUGAUAUCUUCACCAAAAACAGCUAUCAGAAAUCAGCGUUAGAACUGAUGAACAAUGAAAAGUUCAGAGACUUUGUAACGGGUCACUACCAGUACAUAAAACAGAAUAGUAUCGCCAUUUUAGCUGGGGAUAUGGAGCUGCUCAACAAAGUUGUCCUAGAUCACAAAUACAAAGCAGUUGAACUCUCCAGUGCUAAAACUAGGUGUUUUGAGGGUCUGACCUGCAUGCACGUGGCGGCCAAGUUCGGGGCCAUACCCAUUAUAGAGAUUCUCGCAGAGAUGGGAGUCUCUGUCAAGAUACGGGACAGUCAGGGGGCCACACCACUUCAUUACGUCCACGAUGUAGUCACAUGUCAGGUUUUAAUCGAACACGGAGCUGAUGUUAACGCUACAGAUCUUGUUAAGGACACUCCUCUUCAUUACUUGUGCAGUUCCAGAGCGGGAACUUCAGAUAACCAAAUAGAUAUAGCGGAGGUGUUAGCGAACUAUGGAGCAAGUCUGAGCGUUGUUAACAAGAGAGGAUACAUGCCACUCCAUUACUGCGCUAUUCAGGGAAGAGCUGACUACAUAAUGCUGCUGAUGCACGAAGAUGAGGAAAAUAUAAAAGAGAUCUUGUCCCAUCAGAUGACAACUCCCACACUCACCUACCUGGCAUUCCAUCACAACAAUAUUAGGUGUGCAAGAUGGCUCCUCAGUGUCGGUCUUCCGCUUGUGGAUGAUGAAGCAACAAUUCUCCUAAGAGAGUUGCUGCAAAAUACAGAGCGAAGUUUGAGGAUCAAAGUGGAGACUUGCUCGUUACUUCUGGAAAACGGAGCGGAUCCUAAUGCUGUGUACGAAAAAACGGGGCAUCCUGUUCUACACAUCACAACCAAAUCUGUACAGACUAUUGAGCUCCUUGGCUUGUUGAUAGAACAUGGAGCAAAUUUAGAAAUAAAGAACAGAGAAGGACAGACUCCUCUGUUUGCGGCGGUCAAGUAUAGAAACAUCCACGCAGCCAAGUUUCUUAUCGAAAAAGGAGCCCAGAUCCAAGUAAAGGAUUUGCAGAACAAGUUACCGUUUCAACAUUUGUCAGACUAUUCAGAAUGGCUAUCAAGAUCCAUGUUAGACGAUACAUCAGAGAGUCUACUGAAGCAAUGUAGCCUACACGCAGAACGAAACUUAGUUAAAAACAUUUCUCAAAAGCUCAAAGGAAACUCUAUUGACAAAUCUGGUCCGUGUUGAAUUUUGAAAUAUUUAUACAGUUUUAUGUACAUAUUUUCCUUUUACCGUUGCGGUAAUAAAAUACUUUAACAUAUGGACCGUAUUAUAUAUAACUAAAGUGGUAUAUUUUAUACACUUGAAAGGAGGAUAAAAACUGCUCAUGCAGGUACCUAUAGAUGACUUUAAUUUAGUAAUACUAGCUAGAUGGAUUAGUAAUACUAGCUGAGGGUUGAUAAUGUCAGCAUGAAAUGAAACAUUAUUGUUGAUUUUGUGAUAGCUUUGUAGUUGAAUUAUGGAUAACAAUUUUAUGAUUUUAUUUCAAUAUUCUAUUACAGUUUUAUGAUUCAUUUUUUCAUGCAACAAUUUGAUCUCCGGUACAA